AUGUCCUCAUAUGCCUCCUAUGCUUUCUACCUUCCUCCUCGUGAUGUUCAUCCUCUUAUUCAUACUUUCCUACUGCGGAAUAUGCUUGUCCUCAACAUUUUGUAUCCUUCAUGUAUGUACGCAUCGCAGGCGAGGUCCGUGCCGCCUAUGGUGCAACUUCAUGCUCAAGUUUCGCAUCGCGUCUCCUGCCUCGUGGCUGCCCACCGUCUGGCCUCUGAGGGCUUCUGGGGUCCCAUUGCCGGCCUGCAUGUGGCUCUAGCCCAUGACAAACAAAUAAUCGAUAACCUGUAUCGCGCAGAUGGUUCGUAUCCGGCAGAUCCGCUCGCAGUGAACACCUACAUUGGCCAGUUAGACUGCCUGAAACGAGUCGGCGAUGAUCUGCAGUCCGCAGAGGCUCAGUUGGAGGAACUGCACGUGGUGGGAGAACGCAUCGUGGACAUGCUGACUCGUUCA